GGAUCAGUCUGACGCGAGCGUCCACCGCGAACGCACGCGACGUUUCCGCGACUUUCGCCGGCGUGAAUUCGCUCUCGCACGCGGAAAGUUCGGGAAAACGGUUCAGGUGGCAGUCAAUGGGAUUCCUUUGAUCAAGCUUCCCACAAAGUGUUGAUGUGGCCGCACCGGUCACCAGGCAGGUCCUGGAGGACCUCUUUCGUUCUUAUCUUCAUCGUGCAGCUCAUUUUCAUCCCUCUCUUGGCAACUGGUAGAAGAGCAAGGAACGUGGAAACCGUGAAGAGUGUCGAAGAGUUCAAUAAUGAGGCUCUAAUGCCGCGUUUUGCAGAACCUAUUCAAAAUGUGACAGUGACAAUAGGGCGAGACGCCUUGCUCGCUUGUGUCGUUGAUAAUCUCAGGAACUACAAGGCGCUGCGUGUGUUGUGGCAGGUGGCGUGGGUGCGCGUGGACACGCAGACCAUCCUCUCCAUUCAUCACAACGUCAUCACGCAGAACCCGCGCAUCUCGCUCUCCUACAACGACCACCGCUCCUGGUAUCUGCACAUCAAGAACGUGCAGGAGGCCGACCGCGGCUGGUACAUGUGCCAGGUCAACACCGACCCUAUGCGCAGUCGCAAAGGCUAUCUCCAGGUUGUCGUACCACCGAGUAUAGUGGACAAGGAGACGAGCACGGACCUGGUUGUGAGAGAGACAGUGAACGUGACACUAACGUGCAAAGCAGUUGGCUACCCGGAGCCGUACGUCAUGUGGCGGCGUGAGGACGGAGACGACAUAUUCUACAAUGGAGAGAAUGUUCCAGUAAAUGUUGUGGAUGGAGAGGUUCUUCACAUCACCAAGGUGAGUCGCCUGCACAUGGGAGCCUACCUCUGCAUUGCCUCCAAUGGGGUUCCACCUUCCAUCAGCAAACGUGUCGAGUUGAGGGUGCAAUUUCCACCUAUGCUGUCAAUACCUAAUCAGCUAGAAGGCGCCUACAUAGGACAAGAUGUCUCUUUGGAAUGUCACACAGAGGCUUAUCCUACUUCAAUCAACUACUGGACGACGGAGAGUGGGGAUAUGAUUGUUUCUGAUGUGGAUGUUUCAGGAGACAAGUACGAGGCGGUGUCAGUGGACAACGGUUACAACAAGUACAUGAUGUUGAAGAUCAGGAGUGUGAGCAGCACUGAUUUUGGCUCCUAUCAGUGUGUGGCCAAGAACUCGCUUGGAGAGACAGAUGGACUCAUCAAGUUGGAUGAAAUACCAGCACCUUCGACCACCACAACGUCCACUGUCAUAACAACAACCACAAAUGUCAAGAAGAAAGGACGUCUGAACAACAAACAGUGGCGAGAUCGACCAUCUGACAACCUCGUGCCUCAGGGCGAUCAUGGCACCAGUGAGUGGAGAGAAACAGCAGGUGACGAUGACGAUGGUUACACUCUUCCCUCGUUAGGUCCCCCACGUGAUGGGGGGGACUCCCUCAUGAGGAAAUCUUCAAUUUUCGAUGUCAUGCUUGUUAUCUGCCUUGCGAUCACUCUACAACCAAGGUGAUGGUUCAACUACUAUGUGGAGUAACACCUCUGCUCACUAUGAAAACUUGGAUAGACUCAGAGAUUCCUAGUUUACUUCUAUUUGUUGGCGAAACGAUAGUGAGUUUCACAUAAUACUGUCAGCAUUGGUGGAUUGGGGAGCGUUGAUACGUGAUAAGGAAUGCUGCCAGUUCGAAGUGUAUCUCACCGAAGAAGUUUUGCUUGCAAGAUGUAGGGCAUGACCAUUGAAUGAUUGGACGUCCUCGACUUGUCCGAUUUCCAUCAGAUUCGUCGAGAUUUGUGACCGAUUUGUGAGUCAUCUCAGGUACCAGUGAGAAAAUGGAGUUUACAAUGGCGUCUCGAAAGAAUUUCCUGUACGACUAAAACAAAUAAUUUAAUCCUCAUGAACGCUUGAUGAUAAUAGCAUAAUAAAUAUUGUUGACUAUGAUGCUACUACAUAUCUAAAUUAUUAAUAACCUACUGUGUGAACUUCUGGAAUGAAUGAAUAGAAAAUGACUAGAAGUCAGAUCCAAUAAAAUUCUAUUAAUAAAUUUCUAAUUCAAAAUUUUGAGGUUUUUUCAGAUAUCUGAUUACCAUUUUUUCAUUCAAUUAUUUGAAUCUAUCGAAUUGAGUUGCUACUUUUGUAAUGUUGAUAAAGAGCAAUUUAUUAAGAGUUCACUCUCAUCUUUACACCUAUGUUUUUCCUUUGUGAUAAUGUGGAACAUGUUCAUUCCUGUUUUGAUCAUUUGUAUUGUUUGCUAUGAAAUGUUUGAGACUCUAGCAUGAGUGAAUCCAGUCCUUUAAUAUAUCCUUGAAUGUAUGUGAGAGAGUUUGAAGGAAAAAUUUCUAAUUAAGUAUAAUCCAAUUUAAUGUUUUUGUAUUCAGGGCAAUUCAGAAUGAGAAGAACUAUAGUAAGUUAAAUUGAUGAAUACUGUUGUCAUGAAUGUUGUUGAUGAACGAUAUGAUUUGGAAAUGAAUGAGUGAUUUUUAAAUAUGUGAGUUGAAUAGAGUACCGGUAUACUUAUUAUGUGCUGGCUGGUUGAGCUCUGUGAAUAUCAAUCAUAAUUCGAAUGGAAUAAUGUGAUCGUAUGUGUAUAUUUUUGAUUGUAUAUUCUAAUAGUUGAAAAAAAUAUGAGAAUUAUUUUUUAAGACUGAAAAUCCCUUGUUUUUUUAACGCCUUGUUAUUUUGUGGAUUCUGUAUUUGAAUUUUCUUGUGAAUAAUAGAAACUCUAAUGAAAUAAAAUCGUAGACUAUUUUUAUUUCAAUCAACCUCUCUAAUCCCCAAACUUUAAAACCACAUUUGAAGAAAAAGUAAAAUUCAAGAAUGUUAAGAGACAAUUAUUUUUAUUUAGGCUCUACUUAUUUAAAAAUUGGCUGAAA